AUUUUUAGAAAAUUAAAGGGCUAUGUACAAAAUUGACUCCUCGUCCUCAAAUCUUGACCAUUUUUUUGCUUUUUCAUUCCCACUCACUCUCGCUAAUACCCUGCACAAACUCCCAAUCCUAAACGCAAGGGUUUUUGCCUUUGCAUUGCAGAGCCAAGCGAUAAUAAUGGCAAAUACAAACUCUGCGUCUGCACCAGUGGUUGAAGAAGUAAAGGAGAGGAUUGAACUGACACAGAUUGAGCGGAGAAUCUUCGACAGGCUUCUCGCCACUCUUCGCCAUUUUGGCCUCACCAAUCACCAUCUCCGAGUCGCAGGUGGCUGGGUCCGCGACAAGCUUUUAGGGAAAGAGUGCUACGACAUUGAUAUCGCUCUCGACAACAUGUUGGGAAGUGAAUUCGUCGACAAAGUCAGGGACUACUUGUUGUCUACUGGAGAACAAGUCCAAGGUGUCGCUGUUAUUCCAUGCAAUCCUGAACAGUCUAAACAUUUAGAAACAGCAAGGAUGCGCCUUUUUGAUAUGUGGAUUGAUUUUGUAAACUUACGGUCUGAAGAGUACAGUGUUAAUAGCCGCAUUCCUACAAAGCAAAAAUUUGGCACAGCAGAAGAGGAUGCAUACAGAAGGGAUUUAACCAUCAACAGCCUGUUCUACAAUAUUAACACUGAUUCAGUUGAAGAUUUUACUAAAAGAGGCAUUGCAGAUCUAAAAUCUGGAAAGAUAGUGACCCCUUUACCUCCGAAGACUACUUUUUUGGAUGAUCCUUUACGAGUUAUUCGAGCCAUCCGUUUUGGUGCAAGAUUUGGAUUCCUAUUAGAUGAAGAUCUAAAGGAAGCUGCUUCCUGUGAUGAAGUGAAAGAUGCUCUUGCAGCUAAAAUUAGCAGAGAGCGCAUUGGAGUUGAAAUUGAUCUCAUGCUCUCUGGAAAUCAACCAGUUAAAGCAAUGAUGUAUAUUUGUGAUUUGAUGUUAUUUUGGAUUGUCUUCACUCUUCCUCCCAAGUUUGAGCCUGCCAGGUCAGAAGGCUGUGAUAGGAUUAGCAUUGGUUACUUAGAUGCUACAUGGAGCCUCAUUCAAUUGAUUGGAGACUCUACUUUCAAUGAUGAACAAGGAAGGCUGUCCUUGUACGCUGCCUUGUUCCUCCCAUUUAGGAAGACCAUAUAUAAAGAUAACAAGGCCAAAAAGAUACCUGUUGUCAAUUACAUUUUCCGGGAGUCUCUUAAGCGAAAAGCCAGUGAUGCUGAGACAGUUGUAAAUCUACACAGUGCAUUGGACAAAUUCUUAUCUUUGAUUCCUUUCCUAGUGUCCGAUGGGAACAUCCAACCCAUUGAAGUUAAUUGGGGAAGAGGAUUGGAUGAUGUCCCUCUUACUUCAAAACUUCGGGUACUGACAGGAUUACUUCUACGAGAAAUCAAAGAUUUUUGGCGAGUGACCUUGUUGUUGUCUACAUUGUUAUAUCCCACUGAAGUUGAUUGUACAGAAGAUUUUCCAAAGCAGCACUUUCAAUUGGACAAGCAAAGAGAUCUAUUUGAGGCAGUUGAAAGUGCCAUUGCUAAAUUAGGUCUUGAGAAAGUGUGGGAUGCAAAACCACUGGUCAAUGGGAAGGACAUUAUGAGUGUCUUGCAGCUUAAAGCUGGAGGACCACUUAUUAGGGUUUGGCAGCAACAAAAAUUGCUUGCGUGGCAACUAGCCCAUCCCUAUGGAACUGCAGAGGAAUGCACUGAUUGGAUGAGGCAAAGCCAUUCUAAGCGUGUAAAGACAGAGUAACUAUCGACUCUUUGAGAUGUACUCGUGGCGAAUCUCAUCUGGACCAAUUGGUGAGAGCACUCUGGCUUGCACUGAAGGAGAAGCUUGACUGCUAGUUGCCAGAAAUUGCUGAGACAUGGUGUGGUUCCCUGAUGGAUUUCUGGGAUUGGAGUUACUGUGGCUAUUCAAUUAGGGGGCACCAGCACUCCUGCCACAUUUGAGAUAAGAAAAUGCUUCAAAUAUAUAGUGCAUCAUCUUUCUCACAACAUAUGGUUCACACAAUAUAGAUGCAAGAGAAUUAUUGGUCCAACUGAUGAUCUCCUGCCCACUCAAAGAGAAUGAAUCUCCAUGCUUAUUGUUAAUGUAAAUAAAAAUUUCUCAAUGUUAUUGAAUUUCUCCAUAGGCAGCGACUUAGCACCUGUCCUGGUAAAUUCGCCACUUUCUACAAGCAUGGACAAAUGACACUUUUGUACAAGCAUUCGUGCAAAAUGAUGGUUACCACCAAAUUUGCUACCUUCUAUUUUGUGCUCUUGUGAUCAAAGAGUAACCAAGCUGUAAAAGUUUCAUCCAUAAUGGUUAAAAUAGCAAUGCUAAUUUUUUUU